GCUGCUGGAAUUUGCCGGCCGGCCGGCGGCGAGCGCAUCCCCGGAGCCAGGAGCGCGUCCAUCCCGCGCGCCCCGGCGGGUCGGGGAUUUCAGGACGCGGACAGCGCCCGGGCCGCAGGCGGAGGGAGGCGCGGGUGGAGUGGGGGCCUCGGCCGCGGGCGUGCAGCGGGGCGCGCAGGUGCUCACGGCCCCGGGCCUCUCCCCGCGCUCCUCUCCUCGCAGGUCAUGGCAGCACCAGGCGCGCGAUCGGAGCCGCCGCUCCCCGAGCGCAGCUACACGGUGUCGCGGCCGGUGUUCAGCGAGCUCCUUUUCCAGCAGCGGCACGAGCGACGCCUGCAGGAGCGCAGGACGCUGCGGGACAGCCUGGCCCGGAGCUGCAGUUGUUCAAGAAAGAGAGCCCUUGGUGUGGUGAAGAGUCUCCUGCCCAUGCUGGACUGGCUCCCCAAGUACCGAAUCAAGGACUGGCUGCUCAGUGAUGUCAUUUCAGGAGUCAGUACUGGGCUAGUGGGUACUCUGCAAGGAAUGGCAUAUGCUCUAUUAGCUGCAGUUCCUAUUGAAUAUGGUCUCUACUCUGCCUUUUUUCCUAUCCUGACAUAUUUUAUCUUUGGAACAUCAAGACACAUCUCAGUUGGACCUUUCCCUGUGGUCAGUUUGAUGGUGGGAUCUGUUGUUCUAAGCAUGGUGCCUGACGAACACUUUGUGACUCCUGGCGGUAAUGGAAGUGCACUGAAUACAACCCUGGUGGACACCAUCAUAAACACUGAGGCCAGAGACGCACAAAGAGUAUUAAUUGCAAGCACCCUCACUCUUUUGGUUGGAAUUAUACAGCUCAUAUUUGGAAGUCUACAGAUUGGAUUCAUAGUGAGGUACUUGGCAGAUCCUUUGGUUGGUGGAUUUACAACAGCUGCUGCCUUCCAAGUGCUGGUGUCACAGCUAAAGAUUGUCCUCAACGUUUCUACCAAAAACUAUAAUGGAAUCCUCUCCAUUAUCUAUACUCUGAUUGAGAUUUUCCAAAAUAUUGGUAAUACCAACCUUGCAGAUUUCAUUGCUGGAUUACUUACCAUCAUCAUCUGUAUGGCAGUUAAGGAAUUAAAUGAUCGAUUUAAACACAAAAUCCCAGUCCCCAUUCCUAUAGAAGUAAUUGUGACAAUAAUUGCCACUGCCAUUUCAUAUGGAGCCAACUUGGAAGAAAAUUACAAUGCUGGCAUUGUUAAAUCCAUCCCAAGCGGGUUUUUGCCUCCUAUACUUCCACCUGUGGAGAAGUUUUCCGAGAUGCUGACCGCAUCGUUUUCCAUCGCUGUGGUGGCUUAUGCGAUUGCAGUGUCUGUGGGGAAAGUAUAUGCCACCAAACAUGAUUACACCAUUGACGGGAACCAGGAAUUCAUUGCUUUUGGGAUCAGCAACAUCUUUUCUGGAUUCUUCUCUUGUUUCGUGGCCACCACUGCCCUUUCCCGCACAGCAGUCCAGGAGAGCACCGGGGGAAAAACACAGAUUGCUGGCAUCAUUUCGGCUGGGAUUGUGAUGAUUGCCAUUGUUGCCCUGGGGAAGCUUCUGGAACCCUUGCAGAAGUCUGUUUUGGCAGCAGUUGUAAUUGCCAACCUGAAAGGAAUGUUCAUGCAGGUGUGUGAUGUUCCUCGCCUGUGGCGGCAGAAUAAGAUGGAUGCUGUUAUCUGGGUGUUUACUUGCAUAAUGUCCAUCAUUUUGGGACUGGACCUGGGUCUACUAGCUGGCCUUUUAUUUGGACUACUGACUGUGGUCCUGAGAGUUCAGUUUCCUUCAUGGAAUGACCUUGGAAACAUCCCUAGCACAGACAUUUACAAAAGUAUCAAGAAUUACAAAACUAUUGAAGAACUUCAAGGGGUGAAGAUUGUUAGAUUUUCUGGCCCAAUUUUCUAUGGCAAUGUUGAUGGUUUUAAAAAAUGUAUCAAAUCUACAGUUGGAUUUGAUGCCAUCAGAGUAUAUAACAAGAGGCUGAAAGCACUGAGGAGAAUACAGAAACUCAUCAAAAAAGGACAGUUAAAGGCAACAAAGAAUGGCAUCAUAAGUGAUGGUGGCUCAUUGAAUAAUGCUUUUGAAGCUGAUGAAGACAUUGAAGAUCCGAAAGAACUUGAUAUCCCAACCAAGGAAAUUGAGUUCCAAGUAGACUGGAACUCUGAGCUUCCAGUCAAAGUGAAUGUCCCCAAAGUGCCAAUCCAUAGUCUCGUGCUCGACUGUGGAGCUGUAUCUUUCCUGGAUGUCGUUGGAGUGAGGUCUUUGCGCAUGAUUGUUAAAGAAUUCCAAAGGAUUGAUGUGAAUGUAUAUUUCGCAUCACUUCAAGAUCAUGUUAUCAAGCAGAUGGAGAAGUGUGGUUUCUUUGAUGAUAACAAUAGAAAGGACACAUUAUUUUUGACUAUUCAUGAUGCCAUACUUUACCUACAGAACCAGGUUAAAGCCCAAGAAGGUCAAGAUCCCAUUUUAGAAAUGAUCACCCUCAUUCAAGAAUGCAAAGAUCCACUUGAAUUAAUGGAAGAAAAGAUGACUCAGGAAGAACUUGAUGUCCAGGAAGAGGCUAUGCGUAGUCUGGCUUCUUAAAGUGGACUGCAAGACAAAGUUCACCCACAGGUGACACCCUCUGCAAACAUUUUCAGCAUUGAU